AUGUGUGGAACUAUUGUUGCCGUGGUGUUAAUACGAGUGAUCAACCAAACGAAGAUUGAAGAAAUAUUCGCUGCUGAGCAACCGGCGCUACUGAUAUGUUUACUUUUGCAGUUUGCAGUUCUUGCCGCGUUUGUCGCUACCGCUAGUGCGGUGGCAAUCGGUUAUCCAGGCCCAUUGGGAGCUUACCCAGCGGUUGCCAAAGUUGCUGCACCGCUCGCCGACUACGACCCGAACCCGCAGUACAGCUACAGCUAUGCCGUAUCGGAUGCGCUGACCGGUGACAACAAAAGCCAGCAGGAGUCUCGCUCCGGCGAUGUCGUGACUGGAUCGUACUCGCUGAUCGAGCCGGACGGUACCCAGCGCGUUGUUGAGUACACUGCCGAUCCGGUCAACGGAUUCAACGCCGUUGUUCAUCGUGGUGCUGGCGGUGUAGUGAAGGCCGUAGCUCCGGUCGCCAAAUUUGCCGCGCCCCUUGCAUACCCUGCCGUUGCCAAGGUUGCGGCCCCGCUCGCCCAUGCUUACCCAGCUGUGGCCAAGGUCGCUGCCCCGGUUGUUGCUAAGGUUGCCGAUGACUACGACCCCAACCCUCAGUACAGCUACAGCUACCACAUUGCCGAUGCUCUGACCGGUGACAACAAGGAACAGCAGGAAUCCCGCUCGGGAGAUGUUGUGACUGGAUCGUACUCGCUGGUCGAACCCGAUGGCACCCGUCGUGUCGUUGAGUACACUGCCGACCCCGUCAACGGAUUCAACGCCGUCGUCCACCGUGAGCCUCUGGCCGUCAAGGCUGUGGCCCCGGUCGCCAAGUUCGCUGCCCCGCUAGCUUACCCCGCCGUCGCUAAGGUUGCUGCCCCGUACGCCCCGUACGGUGGAUACCCAGCCUACGGAAAGGCCAUCCUUGGUUAA